AUGGCUACUGCUGCUGCAGGCGUAGCCUCCUUGUUUUCAUCUUCCAUCAACACUGUCAAAUCUUCACGUUCCUCAAACCGCAUGUUUGCAUCUGUUGUUAUACCACAAUCCUCAGUUGAACCUUUGUGCAUUGGUACAACAAUCUCAUCACAAAAGUUAUGGAUGCCUAGAUUCUAUGUUGCUGUUGCUCAGGAAGAGGCUGUUGUGGCUGUUGAUGAUGAAGAGAAGGUUGUGGUAGAGGAGGAAGAAAAAGAAAAUGAAGAAGGACAAGGAGAGAAGGAGAAUGGAGAGGAGAUUGUAGCAGAAGAAGACACUAGGACUAAGCUUUAUUUUGGGAAUUUGCCUUAUAGUGUUGAUAGUGCAAAACUUGCAGGGUUAAUUGAGGAAUAUGGUAGCGCAGAACUAGUUGAGGUUCUUUACGACAGGGACACUGGAAAAAGUAGAGGCUUUGCAUUUGCCACCAUGACUUGUGUUGAAGAUUGUAAAGCAGUAAUUGAAAAUCUUGAUGGAAAAGAGUUCAUGGGGCGAACCUUGCGGGUGAAUUUCUCAGACAAACCGAAGCCAAAAGAAUCGUUGUACCCUGAAACCGAAUACAAGCUCUUUAUUGGGAACUUGUCUUGGAAAGUAACUUCUGAGAUUCUGACAGAAGCCUUUCAAGAGCAUGGAACUGUGGUUGGAGCUCGGGUGAUAUAUGAUGGCGAAACUGGAAAUUCUCGUGGCUAUGGCUUUGUUUCCUAUGCCAAUAAAUCAGAAAUGGAAGCUGCCCUUACAAUCAUGAAUGAUGUGGAACUAGAAGGACGGGCAUUGCGCGUAAGUUUGGCUCAAGGAAAAAGCUAG